AUGGCAGAUGGAAAUCAUUUGGAUGGAACACAAAGACUCUUGUUCGACGCUAUUAAUGCUCAAAUGCAAAGAUUAUUGAGAGAAAACAAUGAAGAGUUGUAUGGAAGAAUUGAGCGAUUAGAGAAUCGUGAUCAUCAUGAAGAAGAAAGGAGAGGAAGAAAUGGUGGUGCUCCUAGGCAAAACAGAAUUGAAGGUGUUAAACUUAAUGUUCCUCCAUUUAAGGGGAAGAGUGAUCCGGAAGCCUAUGUGGAAUGGGAACUCAAAAUAGAACAUAUUUUCACUUGUAACAAUUAUGAUGAAGAGCAAAAGGUGAAACUUGCAGCAGCGGAGUUCUCGGACUAUGCACUCGUGUGGUGGAAUAAGUUGAAAAGAGAAAGGUUGAGAAAUGAAGAGCCUUUGGUGGAAACCUGGGCUGAAAUGAAAAGGCUCAUGAGGAAACGUUAUGUGCUGGCUAGCUAUGCUAGAGAUGUGAAAUUUAAACUUCAAAAAUUGUCACAAGGCACCAAAGGAGUUGAAGAGUAUUACAAGGAAUUGGACUUGCUCAUAAUGCAAGCCAAUAUUGAAGAAGAUUCGGAACUAACCAUGGCUCGUUUUAUUAAUGUCCUAAAUAACGAUAUUCGUGAUGUUGUUGAAUUGCAGGAAUUUUUGAAAAGAGAAAGGUUGAGAAAUGAAGAGCCUUUGGUGGAAACAUGGGCUGAAAUGAAAAGGCUCAUGAGGAAACGUUAUGUGCUGGCUAGCUAUGCUAGAGAUGUGAAAUUUAAACUUCAAAAAUUGUCACAAGGCACCAAAGGAGUUGAAGAGUAUUACAAGGAAUUGGACUUGCUCAUAAUGCAAGCCAAUAUUGAAGAAGAUCCAGAACUAACCAUGGCUCGUUUUAUUAAUGGCUUGAAUAACGAUAUUCGUGAUGUUGUUGAAUUGCAGGAAUUUGUUGAGAUAGAAGACUUGCUGCACAAAUCCAUUCAAGUGGAACAACAACUCAAAAGAAAAAGUGUGACCAAGAAGAGUUCUUCUAAUUAUAAUUCCUAUAGUUGGAAGGACAAAAAUAAGAAGGAGGUGGCUGCCACUCCAAGCAAUCUAGCAUCUACUUCUCAUGGAAAAUCAUCCUCUAAGUCCUUAGAACAGCCUCAAAAGAAGAGUAAAGACAUAAAAUGCUUUAAGUGUCAAGGCAUGGGUCAUUAUGCCUAUGAGUGUCCUACCAAAAGGACCAUGGUUCUCAAGGAGAAUGGAGAUUACACUAGCCAAUCUGAUGUUAGUGAGGAAGAAGAAGGUGACAUUGAGGAGGAAGAGGAGGCCCUUGAGGGAGAUUUAUUGAUGAUUAGGAGAAUGAUGGGUAGUCAAAUGAGUCCUUUAGAAAGAAGCCAAAGGGAGAAUAUUUUCCACACAAGAUGUUCCAUCAAUGGAAAGGUUUGCAUGGUGAUUAUUGAUGGAGGGAAUGGAAAUCAUUUGGAUGGAACACAAAGACUCUUGUUCGACGCUAUUAAUGCUCAAAUGCAAAGAUUAUUGAGAGAAAACAAUGAAGAGUUGUAUGGAAGAAUUGAGCGAUUAGAGAAUCGUGAUCAUCAUGAAGAAGAAAGGAGAGGAAGAAAUGGUGGUGCUCCUAGGCAAAACAGAAUUGAAGCAGCGGAGUUCUCGGACUAUGCACUCGUGUGGUGGAAUAAGUUGAAAAGAGAAAGGUUGAGAAAUGAAGAGCCUUUGGUGGAAACAUGGGCUGAAAUGAAAAGGCUCAUGAGGAAACGUUAUGUGCUGGCUAGCUAUGCUAGAGAUGUGAAAUUUAAACUUCAAAAAUUGUCACAAGGCACCAAAGGAGUUGAAGAGUAUUACAAGGAAUUGGACUUGCUCAAAGUUUCCAUGUGGGGAGAGAAACAAGAGGAAGCCUUUGUUGCUCUUAAGAAAAGGCUAACCAAUGCUCCCAUUCUUGCCUUACCAAACUUUGCUAAAUCUUUUGAAAUUGAAUGUGUUGCUUUCAAUGUUGGGAUUGGGGCUGUGUUGUUACAAGAAGGCCAUCCAAUUGCUUAUUUUAGUGAGAAGUUAAGUGGAGCUGCCCUUAAUUUUUCCACUUAUGAUAAGGAAUUGUAUGCCUUGGUAAGAGCUUUGAAAACAUGGCAACACUACCUUUUUCCCAAAGAGUUUGUAAUACAUAGUGACCAUGAGUCCCUAAGGUAUUUGAAGGGACAAGGCAAGCUUAACAAGAGGCAUGCCAAGUGGGUGGAGUUUUUGGAACAAUUUCCCUAUGUCAUAAAACAUAAAAGGGGAAAAGGGAACAUUGUGGCUGAUGCUUUAUCAAGGAGACAUAUAUUGCUUUCCACUCUUGAAACUAAAUUGCUUGGAUUUGAAUCUUUGAAAGAAAUGUAUGCUUCUGAUGAAACUUUUGGUGAAAUAUAUGCUGCAUGUGAGAAACUAUCUCAAUAUGGGUAUUUUAAGCACAAUGGGUUUUUAUUUAAAGAAAACAAAUUGUGUGUGCCUACAUGUUCCAUUAGAGAAUUGCUUGUUAGUGAAUCACAUGGUGGUGGUUUGAUGGGGCACUUUGGGAUUAAAAAGACUUUGGAAAUUUUACAAGAACAUUUCUUUUGGCCUCAUAUGAAACGUGAUGUGCAAAAAUUUUGUGAACAUUGUGUUGUGUGCAAAAUGGCUAAAUCUAAAUCAUUGCCACAUGGAUUGUAUACUCCUUUACCUACUCCUGAAUAUCCUUGGAUUGACAUAUCUAUGGACUUUGUUUUGGGACUGCCUAGAACAAAGAAUGGCAAAGAUUUUAUUUUCGUGGUUUUUGACAGGUUUUCAAAAAUGGCACAUUUCAUACCUUGCAAAAAGGUAGAUGAUGCGUGUCAUGUGGAUGAUUUGUUUUUCAAAGAAGUUGUGAGGCUUCAUGGUGUGCCAAGGAGUAUUGUAAGUGAUAUGGAUGCUAAAUUCCUUAGUCAUUUUUGGAGGACUUUGUGGGGCAAGUUAGGUACUAAAUUAUUAUUUUCAACAACUUGUCACCCACAAACCGAUGGACAAACUGAGGUAGUCAAUAGAACUUUGGGGACCUUGCUUAGGACUGUUUUAAAAAAGAAUAUUAAGUCCUGGGAAGCAAGUUUGCCUCAUGUUGAAUUUGCAUAUAAUAGGGCUGUCCAUAGCACAACAAAUUGUUCACCUUUUGAGGUUGUGUAUGGUUUUAACCCUUUGACUCCUCUUGAUUUAUUGCCUAUGCCUAACAUUUCUGUUUUUAAGCAUAAAGAAGGGCAGGCCAAAGCGGACUAUGUGAAGAAGUUACACGAACGUGUGAAGGCUCAAAUUGAGAAGAAAAAUGAGAGCUACGCGAAACAUGCUAACAAAGGGCGAAAGAAAGUUGUGUUCCAACCUGGUGAUUGGGUUUGGGUACACAUGAGGAAGGAAAGAUUUCCGGAACAAAGGAAAUCAAAGAUUUUUCCAAGAGGGAUGGUCAAUUUCAAUUCCACUUUCAAUGUUUCUGAUUUAUCUCUCUUUGAUGUAGAUGAUGGAGACUUUGAUUUGAGGACAAAUUCUUCUCAAGAGGGAGGGAAUGAUGAGGACAUGGGCAAGGAUUUAGGAGCACUCAAAGGACUUGGAGGACCAAUGACUAGGGCAAGGACUAAAAGGGCCAAGGAUGCUUUGCAACAAGUUGCGGCCCUUAUUCUUGAAGAAAUGCCCAAUGAUGAAGACAAGGCCAAGAUGGUGAAUUGUAUCAAGGAUUAUGAAGCCUAA